AGCGCGUUGUUUCCGUUUAAAUUUGAGCAUCGAGCCAAGGCGGCCGAGGGAGCCAAAUGCUUCGUGUUGUUGAUGUCGUCUGUUAAUUUUACAGCGUCGUAUCGAUUCGAUUCGUUGCUGCCACAAAAAUUAUGGCCGCACGCUCUACCGGUGAAGACAUCCGAAAAGUCUUAUUCAAAGAGAAGCCGCAGUAUGUCAUCGGCACAGUAGGAUCUCUGAAAACUUCUGACUUACUGUCAACAAGGGCAAGCAUACAGUUCGAACACGACGUUGAAGUCAGCUUGAGCUCACUGGAGAAAGAGCUGCACGAGCAGAGGCUCCAGAAGCUGCGAGCGAUGAGCGAAAAGCUCAAGGAGGAUGACUGGAAGUACGAGCCAAUCGAGAAACUGCUUUGCAUGUAGGGAUCUAUGUCUAUGGCAUCCCUGCCGUUGUCACUGGGUCCUUGAGCGCAAUUCGUCCCAUGACCUGCAUCAACAGAACGUAUCACCACACCUACCUGCUCGUAGUUAGCACCGUGACCUCAAGAUGGAAGUGUAAAUAUACAGGAUUGCCGCUCCUUUUAAAGUUCAGACUUGUCACAUUGUGGCUUAAUAAAACUCUUACAUGCACCAUGA